UUGGAUGUUCUAGCGUGGAUAGUGUAAGUUUGUGUUUCGCCCGACACUGACUGUGAAGUUCCGAACGUCGACAAGUCGUUCAUCCGUCCAUACGCGCCAGUUACCUAUAUUUGAGACAAUAGUAUAACGAUAAUAAUUGCGGGAAGUCACGAAAAACGUUAGUGAAGGGGAGUUCCAUCCAAGGACGGAACCAUUCGACCAUUGGUUAUCGCAAUUAUGCACCUAUUUAGGUGAUGUUUUACAAUUUGAAAUAGAUAAAAACAAACACCGGCAUUUUUUUUACCGCAGUGCGUUAUCAGUGAAAAACUAAAGUGCAGGUGACUUUAUUAGACAGAUGAACAAUUGUCAACUGAAUAAUUGUGAAAAAGGAGGUUUCUUCUGAACGCUGAUAAGAACAAAAGUAGAUCAUUAUUGCGAGACACUUGUUAACUUAAUUGGUGUUCAAAGAUUGUAACGCUCAAUUUUAGUGAUAAAUCGUGUUUGCCAGCCAACAACCAGAACAUCGACGUCUAUCAUUAAGAUCGAUCGCAAUGGGUACCGCAUACAAGAUCGGCAUGGAAGAACUCUCGAGCAAAUCCAACAAUAUUUGGAAAGCUGUGCUGGCGGAAUUUGUUGGUAUCUUCAUACUCAAUUUCUUUGGAUGCGCAGCGUGUACUCAUGCAGCAGGUGACAAAACACUCAUCUCACUCGCUUUUGGACUUAGUGUGUUUAUGGUAGUCAUGUCUAUUGGUCACAUCAGUGGAGGUCAUAUCAAUCCGGCAGUAACAGCAGGUCUACUUGCAGCAGGAAAAGUCAGUUUCGUUCGAGCUGGCUUAUAUGUGGCAUCUCAAUGUGCGGGAGCUGUGGCAGGAACUGCAGCUCUCAAAGCUCUUCUACCAGAGGCGUACCAGAAUGGGCUUGGACACACUGGUCUGAAAGAGAAUGUUCAAGAUAUGCAAGGUCUUGGUAUUGAAUUUUUCUUGGGAUUUAUCCUGGUGCUAUGCGUUUUCGGUGUAUGCGAUGAGAAUAAACCGGAUUCCCGCUUCGUUGCUCCGUUGGCCAUAGGUCUUACUGUAACGUUGGGUCAUCUUGGUGUGGUAGAAUACACCGGUUCUAGUAUGAACCCUGCGCGUUCCUUCGGUACAGCUUUCAUCAACGAAAAUUGGUCUAAUCACUGGGUCUAUUGGGCGGGUCCAAUCCUUGGUGGUGUAUGUGCGGCUCUCCUCUACUGUCAAGUCUUCAAAGCUCCCCGCUCGGAAGAGCUCACUGCUCCUGAACGUUAUCGAGUUGUAGCAGAUGAAAAGGAGGCUUACCAAACCAACCUUAAGUUGAAAUUUAUUGACGAAGAAGCGUAGCAGUUGAAACGUUUGGACGGUAUGGCCUGAGCUGUAGAAACAACGAUUUCGCAAAUCUUCGAAAUAUUCAUUCAUCGAAUAUUUUUCUAUAGGAAUUUACCAGAUUUAAAGUAAAACUAAAUAAUUAAAACUAUAUUAAUGUAUUUAUAAAACCUAGGCUAAGAUAUAAUGAUACAGCAAGUAUUUUCAUUGUUUUCUGUGCUACGAAAAAAUUAUUGAGAAGUUUAUGAAAUUAAAAUAAAAUUCUGAAUAUCACUUCUUAAUUCAUCAUAUCAAAAACAUAUGAAAAUAGUCACAAAGAUAUUCUAAAAAUUUCAGAAACGAAUAAGAUAUACAAGGUUGUAUGGGGAAAAUAUGAAAAGGUUUAUUUUCUCGCUCCAUCAAUCUUUUCGUGUUACUUCUUGGUCUCAAAGGACUGUGCAAAUUUUUAGCUCGAUCGGUGAAACUAUCUUUGCGUGCAUAAGGUUUAAAGUUUGUAUGGGAUUUAGUAUGAGGAAAUUGACAUUUUACAAAAAAUAAUCGGCUGGAGAUUAAUCUAUAGACACUAAAAAUCAGCGCAUAUAUUAUUUUCGAAGGAAAUUUAACGAGGAAGGAAACCUUCAAAGACCGCAAAAUAAUCAGACAAUUGUAGAAAAAGUUUUUAAAGGAAAACCGUUCGGACCUUGUGUCGAGGAUAGAAAAUUGAUUAGUGGAUUAGUGGAAGUUUUUAGAAGUACUAUAUCAUAGAGUAACCGAGUUCGUCACUCUCGGUGCGGCGUUUUUGAAAAUCUACAGGUAGUUCGUGACGACUACUGGUUUGUAAGACCAGCGCCGCCAACUCAACGACCAAUCGACUCCGUUGUUGUUUGAUGAAUAUUUAUGUACGAUUGCAGUCUCAUAUUAAAUUUGCCUAGACAAAAACGGUAUCGAGGAUUGCUUCGAAUAUUACUUUCGCCAGAUCCUGUCAGCUUGGAGCGAAAUCAAUUAUGAAAGUUAAUAUGAAAUUUAAAAAAUAUAUUAAUUCAACAAAAGGCAGUAUAGUUGGUUGUUUCAUGCCAAUAGUUUUGUGAUUCCAUCAAAAUUUUGGGUUGAUACAAUCAAAAUCAAAGAAAAACUAAGCAAGAAACGUCAGUUCAGAAACAAAAACAUAAUUUUUGAAACAUGUAGGCCUGAUUCUUCUGCGUGUAUCUACUGAAUAAAUGAACAUAAAAAGAGUUUUGCCCUUU